CCCCUACCUAGAUGAAAAAUGUGAUCUCCAUAAUUGCCUAGAAACCGUAGUUGAGGAGAAGCAGAACCAAAGAGAUCGAGCAAGCUCGAGAAAAGUACGUUAAUGGCGAGCUUCCCCAUCUCCAGGUACUCUUUCUUCGUCGUAUUUCUCGUUUUCUCUUUUGUAACCCUAGCUGUGAGUCUGGAUCUCUCUUUUUCACUCAAAAGAUUCGACAAGGGUCGAAACUUUGAUUCCAAGGUCGCUCUGUUCGGUGAUGCCGAGGUCGUUGACGGUGGUUCUUCGGUUAAGAUUACUCGUUCUUCAGUUUCGAGCGCUGGGCGGAUCAUCUACAGAAAGCCCAUUAGAUUCAUCGGAGGAGAACGAAGAAAGCCAAUGUCUUUUUCUACAUACUUUUCCUUCUCGAUUUCGCCGGAAGAUGGUGAUGGCCUUGCUUUCGUCGUUCUUCCGACUGGUUUUCCUUCGGAUUUGUUCGAUGGAAGUUCCUUUGGACUUACUCCAGGACUGGAGAAGAGAGGAACAAGAGUUCUGGCAGUUGAGUUUGAUACCUCUAUGGAUACUAAGCUAGGUGAUCCAAAUGGAAACCAUGUUGGGAUCGAUUUAGGUAGCCUUGUGUCUGCGCAAGUAAAAAAUGUUUCUUCCAUCAAUCUAGUGUUGAACAGUGGAAGGAAAUUGCAUUCGUGGAUCGAUUACGAUGCCAGUACCAAAAUCUUGGAAGUUAGAUUAAGUAAAUCUGGUGCUGUGAGACCUUCUGUUCCACUGAUUUCUUACCGAAUCGAUCUAUCAGAUAUGUGGAAAGAGGAAGAGGUGUUUGUGGGUAUGAGCUCGUCAAGCGGAAAUUCUUCUCAGACGACCAGUAUCUAUUCCUGGAGCUUCAGUUUAAGAACUGUACCGCGUUGGCUACAUUCCCAACCAGCAGAUCCUCUAGUCUAUACAGAGCCAAGUAAACCUCCGAUAAUCCAGAAAAAAGGCUCUUGCCUGUUAAGGAUUCUUGCUGGAUUAAUCUUCGGAACUGGUUGUGGAGCUCUGGCUGCGUUCAUUGUUAUGUUUGUUUGGACAAUCUCUGUGAAUCGGCGUCAAUCGGUAGUUCCAGUGGAGUAUCCUGUGCAUCCGGUGGAAUUUGCAUAUGAAAAGAUUAAAGUGUUUGUACAAAAACCCACCAAAGAUGGUAACAAAUAGAGGGUUUUGGAAUUUUUGGUGGGACUUUGGGGCUCUGAUGUUCUACUUCUUCUUGUAAAUUCAUCUUGUAAUAGGCUACUUGAAUUUCUUCUAUGUUGAUGUGUUGUUUUAAUCUAACAAGUAAUUUAGUUUCUCGUU